AUGCAAGUGCUUAACUUGAUGAGAGAAUUUGAACUUCAAAGUAUGAAAGCGUCUAACACAAUCAAGGAGUACUCAGAAAAAUUGUUAGGUAUUGCCAACAAGAUAAAAUUAUUGGGAAGUAAUUUUGCAGAUUCCAGAAUUGUUGAGAAAAUUUUGGUGAAGGUACCAGAAAGGUAUGAAGCAACUAUUGCUUCUUUGGAAAAUACAAAGGAUAUUUCUAAAAUCACUCUUGUUGAAGUGAUACAUGCCUUCGAGGCCCAAGAACAACGAAGAUUGAUGAGGGAAGGUUAUGCUACUGAAGGUGCUCUUCUUGCUAAGAGCCAACAAGCAAAAAACUACAAGAAGAAUCGUCCAGCCAACAAUCAGAGCAGUGCAAAUAAUUACAACAAAGGAAAGGGUGAAAAUAAAAAUGGGUUACCCUCCAUUCAGAUGUUGGAGGAGAAUAGAUGCCAAAUGCAUAAAGUGCAAUCAAAUUGGACAUGA